AGCAUUUUAUUUUAGUAAAAACUUCAGCAGUGCAACAUAGCUCUCCAUAGUUUAUGUGUUUUGUUCUUUUGUGCGACAGAAAUAUUGGAUUUUCUUGAUCCACCGUGUCAAAAUGCAAAUUUGUGAUGUAGUUCAGGAACAGGAUUAAUUAAAUCAAAUAAAAUCUGUGUAAACAUGACAGAACUGACGAAGGAUAAUCUGCCAAAAAGUGGACGAGUGAAUGCAGUGUCUUCUUUUUCUGCUCCCAAAGUCUGCAAAGAGUGGCUGGUCCGGGAAGAUGGGGCUCUGGCCUAUCAGCUUCAGUCGCAGGAAAUCAAUGAACACUACAAGGGCAAUCGCUUCCGGAAUGCCCUAGUUCGUCAGGACUAUCCUACUGCUCUCCAUGAGCAGAUCAAGGAAAAGGAAUAUGCUGAACGCCAAGCAGCUGUCUAUCAUCAGAUGAUAAAUGAGCAGGAAGAGGCAGAUGCAAGAAUUGCGAGGGAAUUGGCGAGGAAGUUGGAGAAAGGGGGUGUUGAUAUGGAGAGGAGGCGUCUUGUGAGCGAAGCUCCGCCUCUUCUGAAAAAUGAAUUGCCAAUUCCACCGCGGAAUGCAAAGACUCAGCGACCAAAUAUCAUUCAGCAUACUCCACCAAUUGAUGCUCCAAUGUCGUCAAAUGCUCAAUUGAAUUAUGCUCAAUUAGAUCUACCACGACCAUCGACGUCUGGGCAGAAUUUUACAUAUGACACUGUCUACAAUGCUCGAUCUUAUGAAGAAAAUUCUGACAAUAAUUUUUCCCAGCGGAAGCUACCAUCUCUCGAUGAUACUCCGCUCAAUUUGCAAUCUCACACGCCAGAAAAAAUUUUGGCGCCCCUUUUGCCCCGUCGAGAAAAUGUUCAUGUCCGCGAGAAGAGUUUUGAUGCCUUCGAGCAGAAUCUCAAUAAACACUCCCACAAGAACUACGUCCAGGAGGAUGAUCUCGAGGCCAAUUGCAACUUCCAAAAGCUCUCACCUGCAAAAUUUGACUAUCUCAUGGGGAACACUGCCGGCUGUGCUGGAGCUUCCAAUGAAGCCUUCCUGGAUUCCCAAGAUGAUCCCAUUGAGACACUGAGAGAUCUGGGAUUGCCUCCAGAAGAAAUCCAGGAGAUUGAUCGUCGAGCCAAACAAGAACGCAAAGAUGAAGAGUUGGCGAGGCAACUUCAGGAACAACUGACAUGUGAAAUGAGCCAAGAAGAACGCGAUAGAAUCGUGGCAAUGGAAGCACAGGACAAAGAAUUAGCCAGAAUGCUUCAGGAUCGGGAAAGAGCAAAAGCCAAGAGGGCCAAGGAGAGAGCGAAACUAAAGAAGCAACAGCAGCAGCAACAGCUAGAAGAAGAGGCUCGAGGUUCAGAAAAACAGCCAAUGCUGGAGCCAGAUGGGGAUUCCUAUGCUAAUCCUGUGGAUUUCAUUGAGAACAAUCACAUGCAUCAGGAGUAUCAGAGAGAUCGGCGGGAGUACUUUGAGGAGAGCAGAGGGAAUUCUGGAGGAUUGCCGUAUGAUCAGUUUGGGAGGAAUUCCAUUCUGAAUGACGAGAAUUACUCCAAUCCAGUUGAUAUGUUGAUGCCGUCCUCAAAUGAUACUGACCAGGUCAAGGUGUCCAUCAAUGUGAAAAAACAAACGGCUGGAGCCAAGAAGCAAGAUGAACACUUUGGAUUUCCAAUGUCAGGAUCAGCGAGUGCCAACAGCUAUCAGGGACCGGCUAGACCCAAUCAUUUAGACAUCCGGGGACCGAUAAAUCGUCCGGCAGCUCCAAGAGCCCAUCUACCGGAAGGAAUUGAGAAUAUUGCCACAAUUAUCGAUCCGACAUAUCAUCACAGCUCAAAUUCUACUCCUGGAAGUGCCCUGACACCACCCGAGAUGUCUGAAUUCUCGGAUCAUAGCUCCAGCCCAGUGCCUCCUUAUAUGCCAAUCCAGGGAUCGCGCCGGAGCACGUCCCUGGAGAAUAAGAAGAAGAAAUCAAAAGAUAAAUGUGCUCAUCAGUAAUCUCUUACUCCAAGUAUUUUAUACACUCUUCUUUUUUGAUGAUUUUUUUUUACAUCUAUUUUAUACACAUUUAAGUAAAUUAAGGCAAAAAAAAACACUCUUUGAAUACUUCACGAUACCCUUUUUAAAUGUAUCGACAGCAUUUUCCCUGUUCCGAAUUAUAGAUAUUAAAAUUAAAAGUAUUGGAAAAGAAA